AUGCAUGCACUCUUAACCCAGCGGCACCAUAUUGGAGCCAGCUCCCAUUUCCGUCAAUAUCCGUUUCAGCGCAUGAACCGAACUGCAGAGAAGAAGACAAAUCCGGAUCCGGAAAUAUUAGGUGCAAGCCUCGAACCCGAGUACUACUUCAAGACUACACCACCAAGGACCGAUCAACUAACUGUGGAAGCGUUGCGAGACACACGUAGCCCGUAA